UGCAGAGGAACAACAACGGCAAUAACAGCGCAAGCGUUUGAAAGGAACAAGCAAGCACACAAGCAAGAACGUAAUGGCUCGCAUCAGAAACAGGCGCGGUUCGGAGGAGAGCUUGGCGUCGGCCGACGACUCCAUCGACGAGACGCGCAGCGUGAUGUCCUUCAUCCUGUCGCGGCUGCCCGAACACGCGUCCGGCGUCGCCGCGGCCGGCGCUGCUACCGCACUGAGCACCGGCAGGACCCCUUCGCCGCUGGCCGAAGGCUCCAGCGGGGACGGCGAAGGCACCGCGCUCUCCCUGCCGGCGCCGUACCCCGUGGAGGUGCGCAAGCUGCAGGUCCCGUGGACCGCCGUGGCCGCCCACCUCCCGCGGCUGCUCAAGCUGCUGCUGCUGCUCGUCGCGCACGCGCUCCUCGUAGUCGCAUUCCUCGACACCGGAUGGGACCCCAAGGAGCCAUGGUGCCAGGGCUCGGGCUUUCUGCUCCUGCUGCUGGCGAUGCUGGACGCGUGGCUGUUGUGCGGACUCUGCUUACGCUGGCUGCCCAGCAAGAAGUUGGCCCUCAUGACAGAACGUGCCAGGAAGCGGACUUUGUGGCUCAGCGAACGGAAGUGGAUCGCCAGAACUGCUUGGACCGUGGUGUGGCUCGCCGUGCUUCUGUUUGUCGCCAUCGACUCGCGACUGCACCGACCCCGCGUCACGGCCAGCUUCGGAAUGCUUCUUCUGGUCGGCUUCGGAUACGUCUUCUCCAAGAACCGUAACAAAAUCAAGUGGCGCCCCGUGCUGAGCGGCUUCCUGCUCCAGUUCGGGCUGGGCCUGCUCCUGGUGCGCUGGAAGGUCGGCCGAGGCGCCCUGCUCUGCUUCGCCGACAAGAUGAACGCCGCCAUCGCGUUCGCCGGCCACGGGGCGCGCUUCGUUUUCGGCUACCUGGCCACGGGACAGCUCGACGGGGACGGGCUGCCCCAGCAAAAGCCCGUGCUCGCACUCACGGUGCUGUCUGCCGUGGUGUUUUUCGGUCUGCUGGUGUCGUUGUUGUGCCACUGUGGUCUACUGCAGUGCCUCGCACUCAAGGUGGGGCGCCUCAUGGCCGUCGUGAUGGGCACCACCAUUUGCGAGUCCUACUGCGCAACCAGCAACAUGUUUCUAGGCGUGGCCGACUCCGUGCUCCUGAUAAAACCGUGCCUGGCGCAGCUGACCAGGUCCGAGAUGCACUGCAUCAUGACCUGCGGCUUCGCCACCAUAUCGGGAAGCCUGUUCGCCGUCUUCACGACCUUGGGCGUGAAGGCCGAGGACAUGAUUGCCGCCUCAUUGAUGUCGGCGCCGGCGGCGCUUGGAUUCGCCAAGCUUUUCUAUCCCGAGACGGAGGAGAGUUGCGCGGGCCUUGAGAAGUUCAGCGACCCCCUGCACCGUCCCGGCUGCACCCUGCUGGAGUCCGUGUCGCACGGCUUGUCAGCACAGCUCCGGGUGGCAGCUCACGUGGUGACCUCGCUGCUAGGAUUCCUGUCCUUCAUGGCGCUGGCCGACUCGCUGCUCGCCUCCCUGGGAUCCCUCGUGGGAUGGCAGUUCGUCACGCUCAACUGGCUGUUGGGUCGGCUGUUCGUGCCGCUGGCCCUGGCGAUGGGCGUCGGGCUUCACGAGUGCUCGCGCGUCGCCUCCCUGCUGGGCCUGAAGGCCGCUCUCAACGAGGUCGUGGCCUACGGCAAGAUGGGCGAGCUGGCACGGGGCGGCCUGCUGUCCCUGCGCUCGCAGCUGCUGUGCGCGCACGCUCUGUGCGGCUUCUCGAGUCUCGGUGCCCUGGGCGUCCAGCUGGGCGCCUACGCCGCGCUGGCGCCCGAGCGCCUCUCCGACUGCGCGCGCGUAGCCGGACGCGCCCUGGUCGCUGGCUCGCUGGCGUGCUUCAUGACCGCCUGCACUGCCGGAGCGCUCACGGACACUGCGGGCUACGAUGUCCCAACGGCCUUCAAUAGCUACGACUUUGUUUAGAAGGCAGCAAUAAAAAAAAGGGCAGGAGAUAUUUCUGCCACAUUAAAGAAAAUUACGUACCAAAGUUCAUGCACACUUGUAAUUUAGGGGAAAAUUGCAAACGGCUGCUUUAAAUGAGCGUGACACGCUACAAGGAGCCUCGACUGUGUCUUUACUCCGGCGUUUACUUCAAACAUAGUUGACGUUCUGCCAGGGAAGAUAAUAAAUAUGCUGCUUGCUUUGGCCUUAAAAGCUUGAUAGUUGUGUGGUACUUCGUCUGAGUUCUUGGGACAGCAAGCAUAGGGCUAUGUGCAAACCGUCUCUCGAGCACUAUCCCCCUGAAAAGCCGCACGCCCCGCUGGGGCGGCUCCUUGGAACCAGCGGCUGUCGGACGGAGGGGAUCGAACCACGCACUUCCCGCAGCCAAGCCGGACGCUGUACUCAUGCGCGCACGCAGUCAUGCGAGAACAGCAUCUAGGUUUUGAUGCAGCCUAACAACGUUAAAGAUAAGACGAAGAGGAAGGAACCAAUAAAUGAAACGAUUAUUAAACGAGUUGGACGGCAACGCUAGAUAAAAAUGUUUGUUUUUUCGCUUUUCAGUCUAAAUUUCGCCUCUCGCUUCUGUCCAGCGAGCGUUUUUCGCUGCUUAUAGACCUCAGACUCUGCCCAGGCGGCGCUGCGGAAAAACCCGUCACCAGCGCCCCCAUCGCAGCCUUGGCGCUAACUGGGUAGUGCAAGAAAAGCUGUCCGCAAGCGAAGGUGCAUAGACCACAAUGGACCCUUCUCUUUCGUUUGUGUUGAGGCACGGUUUCCUAAAAAUCAAGGACCUGGAAAACUUCUUCCGCCUAUCCACGCUUCGGAAAGGAAGCUCAGCAGGGCGAAGUACGUCUACAAUAUAAAAUAAAG